AUGUUGUCGUAUCAAAUUGUGUAUGGUAAAGCUUGUCGCAUACCUCUUGAACUAGAGCAUCGAGUAUUUUGGGCGAUAAAGUACUUGAAUUUCGACUUGGUAAAGGCAGGUGAAUCUAGAAUCUUUCAGCUUCACGAGUUGGAGGACUUCUGGAAUUUUGCAAUUGAAAACACCAAGAUAUAUAAAGAAAAAGUCAAGAAAAGGCAUGACAAAAAAAUUCAGGUUAAGGAGUUCCAAGAAGGAGAACUAGUUCUUCUCUUGAACUCGAGAUUAAAGUUGUUUCCAGAAAAAAUGAAGUCAAGAUGGUCGGGUCCUUUCAAAAUAAUCAAGGUGUUUCCAUACGGUGCAGUGGAGUUAAAGGAUACACACUCAAAUCGAAGUUUCAAGGUGAAUGGAAAAAGGCUCCAACCUUACUUAGGGGAGAGUCAAAACUUCCAAUGGAGUCCAUUAAUCUGA